AUGGCGACAAACGGGACCGCUGGGACUCGCCGUCCCUUUAAGGAAUGCACUGAAGUCUCGGAUUUCUGCCCCGUCGAGAUGACGGUGCUGUCGUACUACCCCAACUUUGGCGCCAACAUCUUCUUCGCCGUCGCCUUCGGCAUCAUCGUGCUGGCGUCGGGCUUCAUCGGCACCAAGAAGCGCACCUGGUCUUUCAUGGGUUUUGUAACUGGUGGUUGCGUCUUGGAGACAGUCGGCUACGUCGGCCGCACCCUUCUCCAUGCGAACCCGUGGAACAAGGACGCCUUCCAGAUGCAAAUCUGCACAAUCAUCCUCGGCCCGACAUUCAUCUGCGCCGGCAUCUACCUCACCCUCAAGCACGUCUCGGCGAACAUCAACCCUGCGCUCUCCCGCAUCCGCCCGCGGUGGUACCCGCUCAUCUUCCUCCCCGCCGACCUGACGUGUCUCAUUAUCCAGGCCAUCGGAGGCGGUCUCGCCGCCGCGGCGGGCCAGACGAACAAGAAGCUCCUCGACGGCGGAAACCAGGCCAUCAUCGCCGGGAUCGUGCUGCAGGUCGUCGUGCUGGUGCUCUUUGGCGUCGCGGGCGCGGAUUACUGGAUUCGUCUGUCCAAGUGGGCAAAGACCCCCGAUGCGGACCCGGAGUCGUUGGCCAUUUGGCACGACAAGAAGUUCAAGACGUUCAUCUACAGCAUGACUGGCGCUUACGCCUGCGUCAUGAUUCGUUGUAUCUACCGUGUUGCUGAGAUGGCUGGCGGAUGGGGCAACCACAUCAUGCAGGACGAGGUCUCGUUCAUGAUUCUCGACGGCGGGCUUGUCCUCAUCUGCGUGUCUCUGCUGACUGUCUUCCACCCCGGGUUUUACCUCCCCCAGAUGGCUAACUCCCGGAAGGCGGAUGCGGGUGAGAAAACCGGAUCGACGACGACAACGACGCCCGAGGGCACAAAGGUCGAGUCUGGUCCCGAGUCAGCAUAG